AUGGAUUGUCAUGAUGAGAACCUGAAAGAGUUGUCGGAGACAUUCAGUGAAAGCCAAGUGAUUCAACCUUCUGGCAAUGUGAGGCCAAUGUCUGAUGGUUCUUCAACCAUGGAUCUUUGCUGUGAAAACAGGGGGAGCUGUGGCCAUGUGAAAGAAAAGUGGAGGACCUCUUCCAAAGGAGGCUCUUCUGGACAGAACAGUGCCAUCAGUGUGGCAGUCAGGGUCAGGCCACUGAUCCAAAGUAAUAUAGUGCCUCUUCCCUAUCCUCCCAGGUAUGUGGUUGGCUCUCUUGCAGAUGUGCAGACGUGGCUGGAACUUGGAAACAAGCAGCGAGCCGUAGCAGCCACUAGCAUGAAUGAGAGAAGCUCCCGCUCUCCGCAACAAAAUCUAAUCUCUUCUGUGGCCUUGCAGAAGGAACACCUGGAGGGAGAAGCACAUGACCACAUGGUGGUAAGCCACAUGAAUUUGGUGGACCUCUCAGGAAGUGAGCGCUGCAAUCUGGCACAAACCAGUGCGCUGAGAACACAGGAAGGUGCUAGUAUCAACAAGUCCCUGCUCACCCUCGGGAAGGUAAUCUCUGCACUAUCUGAAACGUCCCAAUUCAAGAGAAAGUGCUUCAUCCCUUACAGAGACUCUGUCUUAACCUGGCUUUUGAAGGAGAGCCUGGGGGAUAACUCUAAGACAGCCAUGAUAGCCACCAUCAGCCCAACCGCUGCACAUGUCGAGGAAACCUUGAGCACGCUGCGCUACGCCAGUCAAGCUCGCAGCAUCGUUAAUGUGGUCAAGGUCAAUGAGGAUUCCAGUGCAGUGCUGAUCAGAGAGCUGAAAGCUGAGAUUGAGAAGCUGAGAGCUGCCUUGCAGUGCAGUCAAGGGAUUGAUGUGCUGAAAUAUGAAGCUAGUCUCCAAGAAAUCCAGUAUCUGAAAGAACAACUUGCUGAACCGGAAAGAGAACUGGCAGAAUCACAGAAGUCCUGGCAGGUGAAGCUGGCUUUAGCAGAACACAAGAUGGAAGAGGAGCAAGAACUACAGAAAGCAGGAGUGUGUUUUAAAGUUGACAACCAUCUGACAAACCUGGUAAAUCUAAAUGAAGAUCCACAGCUCUCGGAGAUGCUUCUCUAUAUCCUCAAAGAGGGAGAAACCAGAGUGGGGAGUCUUCAUCCAGACUCUGAGCAUGACAUCCAGCUGACAGGCGCACUCAUUUCAGUGGGCCACUGUGUCAUCACCAAUGUGCAAGGAGUGGUCACCUUAAGUCCUAUCCCAGAUGCCAGGACCUUUGUGAAUGGAAACUUCCUAGCUGAGGCAGUCACUCUACACCAUAGGAACAGAGUGAUUCUUGGUGGGAGCCACUACUUCAGAUUCAAUCACCCAAUGGAGGUCAAGAAUGGGCGCCAUGCCUCUUUGAUGCCAGCAGGGGGAGCUGAUGGGCUGAGGGACUUUGAAUUUGCUAAAAAUGAGCUAGUUGAAGCUCAGAAGCAGAGAAUUGAAAUGGAGGUAGAGGAAGCGAGACGGCAGGCACAGAAGGAAAUGGUGGAAGAGCUACAGAUGGCCAAGGAGCUGGCUCAGCAGGAGCUAUGGGCUCAAAGGAGGCUUUAUAAGGAUCACAUCAAACAACUGGAAGAACAGCUGGAAGAUGAAACAAACAAGAAACUCCUGAGUAGAAGGAAGGCGGCUGACGAGCUACUUGUGCACUUGCCUGCUCUCGCGCAGACUCAGGAUACCCAGCAAAAACGCAGCAAGUUCCUGGACCUCCUUGAGCAGGAAAAAGAGAAGCUGACUGAGGAGAUGGAGCUGCUACAGCAGAUGCUUGUCACCAAAGAGCAGGAAAGAAAGAUUGUGUCUGCUGAGAGUAUGACCUACCAGCUAUGAAUGGAGAACCCACAACUGUGUGCAUCUGAGUCACCAACACAAAAUUGGGAAUCUGCACUCUGUGGAAUCUAGAAAAAUUUGAGGAGAGGCUUGUCUCAAUGAAAGAAACUUAUCAGUGCCUCUGGACGCUCCUGUUCAUAAUGCCAG